AUGGCCCGCUUUUGCAGCUCGCGGCAGGUCUCCCGCCUGGCCGCAGAGGAGUGCCAGGACGACGACAGUGGAAGUGAGGCUGAUCAAGAUGAUUCGCUGUCCGUCUGUCUCGAGACCUGUGCGUUGUUGCAAUCCGAGAGCGACGGAAGUGGGGAGGAGGCCAAAGAAGAUCCCUCGAGCACUGUGCCAAAAUGGCUCAACCGCUGUACGUUCGGGGUGCCUGCGGAAGUGCAGCAGAUCGUUCGGGAUAAGAACGACUCGCGCGUGGGCCGAAAGCUGACAAUGUUCGACACGGCUGGGCCCGCUGUGCGGCUGCUAUGGCCUGCCACCAUUGUACACAUCGUCUUCGCCGUCACCCUUCCAUGGGUAGCCAGACCCUUCACGCAUUGUGAGACGGACGGGAAGUCAGUUUACCCAGGCUGGCUGUGGCUGGGGUUCUUGCCCUUCGUCCUCACAAUGCUGACAAUCGAAUGGCGCUGCUUCACCUAUACUGUGGUGCCAAUGCUACAGUGGAUUCAGCACCUCGAGAUGCCUCUGUGGGAAACGCCUCCGUUCUCGCUCUGGCUUGUGUACACCCUCUUCGUGAGCGUACUCACCCACAUGGAUGUUAUGACGCAGGGCCUUUUUCUGGCAACGACGCUGCAUAGAUUCCACUGCCCAGGCUUUGGCAAAACCAGGGAUGCAUGGCACGAAGUAUGGGGCAACUCGAUUCUCUCCUGGAUGGCCUGGGGCUCCAGCCUGGAGACGCUGGUCAUCGUCAGCUGGGGGGUCUUCGUCUUGCAGCUGGUGUUGUUUGCGCUCCAUGCGAUGCCUGUGCAACCCGUCAGCUUCGCAUGCCAGAGCGAGAAACAGGGCUACCUGAACGUGGCUGGCUUUGGCUACGUCAGAAUAUGGCAUGCGGAUGCAUUGAAAGAUUUGGCGAGCUCAAACAGAAUGGCCAUGGUUUCUGCUGGACAUCUCAGGCUGAGCGUCAAGCGCGCCCGUCAGGAGCUUCAAGCUCAGCCGCCGAAUGACACGCGGUUUCUGCACAUCUUGAAGAUGGAGCUUCGACACCUCCUCCUGCGAAUUGUGCUUGUAAACCUGUGCACGAACUGCACAAAAAUUGAGGUGCAGACGACCAUCUUUGCCCUUGGGCGCUUUGAUAGCGAUGGAACCCUCGACCAGGAGGGCUUCCUGUGCAUCACCCUGGCCCACCUGACGUCCUUGCAGGCGCUGCAGGUGAUCGUGGCGGGUCUGUUGGCGAUCAGGUCGGCACAGGAGGAAUUGGAAGGAGUGCGGGAGACAGUGCGGGAAAGCAGAGAGUCAAAGGAGGAGUCAACUGAGAUCUCCAGGCUGACCGCCCUGGUGUGGCUUAUUGCCUUCAUUUGCAUGGCAAUUCAAGUUCACAGCCUUGCGAAGUUGGUUGCAGCCUUCGUCUGCGAAGAUGCGGUCUGGAACUUUCCCAAUCGGUGCGUGGACAUCGGCCAUUGA